AGUCAUAAACCCUUCUGUGUCUGUCUCUCUUUGUAAUUUCAAUGGUGAAAGAUUUAUCUCUCUCAGAAUUAGUAUACCCAGAACUCAAAACGAGACACCGUCUCGACUACGGCAAAAACUUCCGCAUUUGGAGGUCCCAAGUCGACUUCGUAUUGGAGGAUAACGAAGUCAAAUACGUUCUAACUCAACCAAUACCCGAAAAACAAACCCACCCGGAAGCCCAUCAGAAAUUUGUCGACGAUGAUUAUACCGCUCGCCACAUUAUCCUCGGCGCUCUCAGCGAAGGGCUCUACAUGUCGUACCACCGUCACUCGACUGCCAAGUCUUUGCUCGAUGCUCUAACGUCGUUUUUCACGAAACCCUCUAUGUCAAGACGCAUGACUGCGCUUAGACGCUAUGUCACCCACAAGAUGUCGGACGACACGUCGGCGCACGAACAUGUUUUGAAGAUGAGUGAGUUGGCUAUGGAGUUGAAGUUGGAGGGAGUUGACAUUCCUGAUGAACUGGAAGCGGUUUUCUUAAUGAAUAGUUUGCCGGACUCGUGGGAGGAUUCGAUUUUUGGGAUGAUCUUGAACAUUGACAGCGAUGAGAAGGGUUUGAGUAUGAAUAAUGUGAGGGAUAUUGUGAGAGCUACAGGGAGUUGUAAGGAGUUUUUCAGAGCACGUGACCGUGAUGAAGUUAAGUCGAUUUCUGGGUCGAGUAGUUGGAGUUUCAAAUUUAGAGGUAAGUGUUACGGUUGUGGGGAGGCCGGUCAUCGACAAGCUGAUUGCCCUUACGAGGAUGCUCUUUGAUGACGAAGGAGAAGCAGCUGACCUGGGAAUGGAUCUUUUCAUCAUUCAACUAUUUCCAGUCAUUUCUUAAAAUGUUUUACCCGUGGAUAGUUUUGAUUUGAAUAGAAAGAUGUGAGCAUUAUUGUUUAUCGUUUUUUCGUUGAAUACGUUUAUCCUUAUUGGAAGGAUUCUAUUGACAGACUGAAGUCAUAGCCUGUUGCUAUUUGUUAUUGUUAAUAGUUUGGAAUCCUGUUAAUGUGCAUAGCAAGAGAAAUUAUUUCAUCGCAGAAGAGACUAUUGCUAUUUGUUAUUGUUGAUAACUUCUGGAGAAACUCCAUUGAUGGAUUGACAAAGCUUGAUAAUCUCAUUGCA